AUGGCCCAUGGCCACCUGAUACCAACCAUGGACAUGGCAAAGCUAUUCGCAUCAAGAAGUGUGAAGGCAACCUUUGUCACUACUCCUAGGAAUGUGGCUUCAUUCUCCAAAACUCGUAGCAUCAACAUUGAUAUCCAAAUCAUUAAUUUUCCAGCUGUAGAGGCUGGUCUGCCCGAAGGAUGUGAGAAUAUUGACUCAAUAGUGGAUUCCCAAGAAAUGGUUCAGAAUUUUUUCAAAGCCGCUAAGAUGCUCCAACGACCACUCGAGCAACUACUACAAGAUUUCCAACCUAGUUGCCUUGUUGCCGACAUGUUCUUUCCAUGGUCAACUGAUAUUGUUGCUAAAUUUGGUAUUCCAAGGCUUGUUUUCCAUGGGAUCAGGGUUUUUUUUUUUUUUUUUUCCUCUGUUGACCAGAGUUUGAGACUAUAUAAACCUCACAAGAAAGUUUCAUCUGAUUCUGAACCUUUUGUCAUUCUUAAUUUUCUGGGGGAGAUAAAGUUGACAAGGAUGCAACUUCCUGACUUCAUUAAGCAUGAAGUUGAAGUGGACUUUUACAAGUGGUUGAAAGAAGUUAUGGAAUCAGAUUUGAGAAGCGAUGGGGUGGUUAUUAAUAGCUUCUAUGAACUUGAGCCGGCUUAUGCAAAGCAUUACAAGAAGGUUAUGGGAAGAAAGGCAUGGCAAAUAGGUCCAGUUUCACUAUGCAACAAGGAUGCUGAAGAUAAAGCUCAGAGGGGAAAGGAAGCCACCAUUGAUGAACAUGAAUUUUUGAAGUGGCUUGGUACAAAGAAACCCAAUUCUAUCAUUUACUUAUGUUUUGGCAGUAUAGCAAACUUUAGUGAUUCUCAGCUCAUGGAGGUUGCAAUGGGUCUUGAGGCUUCUGAACAACAAUUCAUUUGGGUUGUGAAGAAAGGGAAAAAUGAAAAAGAAGAGGAAUAUUGGUUGCCUAAAGGAUUUGAGAAAAGAAUGAAGGAAAAAGGACUAAUUUUAAGAGGUUGGGCACCCCAAGUGUUGAUUCUUAACCAUGAAGCAGUUGGAGGAUUUAUGACUCAUUGUGGGUGGAAUUCAACCCUGGAAGAAGUGACUGCAGGGGUGCCCAUGGUCACAUGGCCUUUGAGUGUAGAGCAAUUUUACAAUGAGAAGUUAGUAACUCAGGUUCUGAAAAUUGGGGUUGAUGUUGGUGUUCGACAAUGGAUAGGAGUGGUUGGAGAUAGUAUCAAGAGGGAUGCAAUUGAGAGGGCAGUGAAGCAAAUUAUGGUGGGUGAAGAAACAGAGGAAAUGAGAGCAAGGCAAAGGCAUGGUACUUGA